CGCUAGAUGACUUUUCUGUCGUCUGCCGGUAGUCAACUCCGAUAAUUCAGUCAGCCGAAAAUGUCACAAUAUUUAACGAAAUUCAGGUUUUCGGUCCCUUUAAUUGUUCAGACUAGGCAACUGAAUGGUCACCGAGCAUCUAUUGCAAGCAUUGGACGAGCAAUUUAUGUAAGAACAUACCCAACAAUGCUUGUACAACCAGAUGGUUCAACAAUAACCAUCCGAUAUAAGGAGCCACGUGGAAUAAUCAAGCUGCCUGCGGAUUUGAGCAGCUUAAGUGAAGCUGAACGGCAAAGGCGGUUGAUGUUGAGGAAACCAAAGAAGAAAGUCAAAAUUGAGGAAGAUAUUGAAGAUACUUUUGAUGAAAAUUCCUAUUCACACUUGUGGAAAAAGUAAAGUGACAAUCAGAAUGCAAAGUAGGAAAAAUAAAUGAAAUUUAACAUA